AUGUUUGCUCAUCAGCAGUCGAGCUUGAAUCCGGACGCCCCGAUGUUCGCCCCCAUGGCUUACCAGGCGGUGGAGGACUUCUCCGAUCACUGGUGGUCGCUCAUCCAACCCUCCACCUGGUUCCGCGACUACUGGCUCCAGGAGCGCUACCAGGAUCCCCAAUUGACUUCUUCCUCCCCCACGACCUCGAUUUCCUCGACGACGGCGCCGAUUUCCUCCGCUUCUCCGGCGGCAAAUAUGAGGAGAAGGAGGAGGAAUUGGGGAUGAAAUGGGACAUGGUGUCGGUGGGAUCGACGAAAUGGAGGAAGAAUGAUCUGAAUCGGUCGCCGAGGUAUGCAGAGAAGGCGGCGAAGAUUGUGAAUGUGAAGAUGAGUCCGAGGACGAUUCAGCAGCCGAGGUAGAUUUGUUGGUAAUGAGUCAGGAAGUGAAUGGAGAGUUUGGGG